AUGUCGGAGUACCAUGUGCGCAUUAGCAAAUAUGCUCCAGAUCAGUUCCCCCAUGCAAACUGGACGCCCUUGCUGGUGAUAAAAACCGGCGUUAUGCUGCUCUCCAUCUGCCUUAACGUCGGAGUCGGAUUCUACCAUUUAACAUCACCAUCGCAGGUCACUCCGUUCAGUGUUUACCUGGUCGGUCUGUUUAUCAUGAAUGUCAUUUACUGUUCCAUGUGCACGCCACUGGAAAUCGCCAGUGAACUGUACGGCGAUUGGUGGAUGGGACAUUGGGCGUGUAAUUUCUACAACUAUUUCGAAUUUGUCAUCAGUCUCGGACCAGUGAUGUUACAUGCGCUGAUUGCUGUCAGCCGAAUCUGGGCGGUCGCCUAUCCGGUAUCUUAUAGAGAGAAGCACACAUACAAAAUUGCCAUUCUGCUAUCGGCAUUAGGAUUCGGCUAUGCACAUAUUGUGGAUGUACCUGGUUAUGUCAUUGAUAUGCUGUAUUAUCAUCUUCCCGAGAAGGAAUACGGCUGCCGAUUGCAUACGGCGGUGAUGCGAGAAUGGAGUCGUGCGGAAAGCGUCAUGUGUCGACUGUCUCCUCUGCUGUUGAUUAUGCUCGCGUAUGUUUAUGUGACCGCGGCCAUAUGGCGGAGAAAGCGCAGACGAACAGCAGCGACCUACGCGCGUAACUACGAACUGAACACGCUUCCUGUGAACUCUACGGAAACAGCCGUAGUACAAGAGGCACAAAGUGUCACAACUGUGUGUAAGCACCCGGUGAAGGAAGUAAAGGCUUCGUUGAUACUAACGCUAACGGCAAUCAGCGUGAUGAUUUGCUGGUUGCCAGCUGAUGCCAUGUUUGUGGCUUAUUUGUUCUUUGGAAUUCCCUUCUCUACAACUACAUUUACUGUCGUUAUGCUCCUGUACUCUAUCCAGGGCGUGUUUGAUCCGCUGAUGCUGCUUUUCAGUCUGAGAAGAAUUGCUGAUUAG